AUGAAGGUGCCAAAGACUAUCACUUACAAUAGUCUUGUUGAUCAAUUGUAUACUUUAAUCGGAGCUAACAAGUCUCGUAUUGAUCUUGACUUAAAUGUAAUCUAUCAUUUUGGAAGUAAAGGUAUCCCUCCAUCUUUGAUUAGUAAGGAUGAUGAUGUUGCUUUUUUUCUUGAUGAGAUAGGAACAUAUAUCAAUCAUCGGACACCCCUAUGUGUGUCUACUAUAGAGAAGAGAAGUUAUAAUCCUUUGGUUACUAAAACACGUGAGUUGUAUACUAUUCCUCCAGUUGAAACCAAAGUGAAUGAUGAUUUUUGCAUUGAUGGCAAUGAAGACAAUUGUGAUGAUGAUAAUAAUGAUGCAGAUGGCAAUCAAGACAAUUGUGAUGAUGAUAAUAAUGAUGCAUUAAGCUCAGAUGAUAAUGGAAAUAUUGAUAGGCCUACCUGCAAUGGUGUACUUGUGAAGCAUAAUUUACAACAGUCAACCUCCAAUGAAGUAUUGAAGAGCCAUGAUUCCUCAAAUAAUAUAGGUCGUAAAGUAAGACAGGUUGGUGAAGAUAAUCUAUGGAGUACUCCACUUUUGUUGAAUCAAGGGGAAAAAGGCUCUACUUCAGCCUCAACAGCUCAAUUACUGACAUCUUCUUCGAGUAUCAAUUCGUGGGAAAUAAAAGAGGGUCAAAUAUUUGAGAACAAUCAAGAGUUGAAGAUGAAACUCCAUCUUUAUGCAUUAAAGAAAAACUUUGAGUUUAAAGUAAAGAAGUCUGCGAAAAAUAUAUGGUGUACAGUAUGUGUUGAUGAUAAAUGCAAAUGGAGGUUGAGGGCUACAAAAUUGGUUAAUUCCAAUAUGUUCGAGGUUCGUAAAUUUUUCGGUGAACACACAUGUUCAUUGGAUGUUCGACAUAAAGAUCACCGUCAGGCAUCCCCAUGGCUUAUUGGACAUGUCAUAAGGAGAAAAUUUGAGGGUGAUAAUGUUAAUUACAAGCCAAGGUCAGUUGUAAAAGAUAUGAGUUUAUCAUAUGGAGUUCAUAUAAGCUAUGCUAAAGCUUGGAGGUGUCGAGAGCAUGCAUUGGCUUACAUAAGAGGUACACCAGAAUCAUCAUUUCAGAAACUUCCCUCAUUUCUAUACAUGAUGGAGCAAAAAAAUCCUGGAACUGUUACUCAUUUUCAGAUGGACAAUGAAGGUAGGUUCAAAUAUUGCUUCAUGGCCUUAGGUGUUUCUAUAAUGGGGUUUAAAACAUAUAUUCGCCCAGUUAUAUGGGUAGAUGGAACCUUCUUGACUACUCGGUGUGGAGGUACUUUGUUAUGUGCCAUGGGACAAGAUGCUAACAAGCAAAUAUAUCCAAUUGCAUUUUCAGUAGUUGACUCAGAGAAUAAUGACUCAUGGUUGUAUUUUCUACUGAGGUUGAAGGAAGCGAUUGGUGAAGUGGAGAAUCUAGUAUUCGUGUCUGAUAGACAUACUAGUAUAGCAAGUGCCUUGACUAAAAAUUUUCCUGAGGCACACCACGGUGCUUGUAUAAAUCAUCUUAGCAUGAAUAUCCGUGCGAAGUUCAAAACUGACCAUUGCCAUGAAGAAUUCUUCCUUGCAGCGAAAGCUUAUAGAAAGCGAGAGUUUUUACGCCAUUUUGAGAAGAUUAAAUUCAAAGAUCUUGCAAUUGCUCAAUACUUAGAGAAUCAAGUGGGUUUUGAAAAGUGGGCUCGUUCUUUCUUUCCUGGUCAUCGAUAUAAUUUAAUGACUACAGGUAUUGCCGAAAGCUGGAACAAUGUCAUUGCUGAGGCACAUGGGUGGCCAAUUACUUGUCUCAUGGAAUUUAUGAGGCACACUUUACAAAAAUGGUUUCUUGAGCGUCGAACUGCAGCAUCAGCGGCUACAGGUCCUCUUGCCACAGAAGUGGAAGCUGAUUUGCGAAAGUUAGCAGACAAGUCCACUACCUCGUUCCCUUUUCCGUCUAGUCUUCCUUGUGAACACGCUCUAGCUGGUGCUCGAGAUCGUGGCAUUAGUCCAUAUAGUUUAUGCUCCAGAUUCUACACAGUUGAAGUGUGGUUGUCAUCCUAUGGUGGAUCUGUAUAUACGCUGGGUAAUGAAGAAUCUUGGGUGAUACCAAAUGACAUAGGAAGUAUGAUGAUAGCUCCUCCUUUAGUGAAGCAGAAGGCUGGUCGUCCAAAGAAGAAACGACGUUUAUCAAAGGGUGAGAAGAAUAGCAAACAACAUAGAUGUAGUAGAUGUGGUGUCCUGGGCCACAAUCGUGUGUCUUGCACCACUAUUGGUUCAGUAAUACGACUUUUUGUGUUAAAGUUUGUUGUUUCAGACACACCUAAUUCAUACAUGCACGUAAAGUAUUAG